UACAAACCACAAACAAAACCAAACCAACCAUAACAGAUGGGUACAGCCCCAACCCAUUAACCCCUUUCCAUUUUUGUGGUGUAAUUAUGCCUAAAUUCUCUCAUUCUGUAACCUCCUUCCAACAGAUAAACAUGCUAUUUCUGUAAUUCCAUUUCCAUACUUAUCAUUCCAUUUCUCAUAAAUCCCUAUCUCUCCCUCCUUACUUGGAAACGCACCUCGAAUUAUGGGCUUUAAAGCUCUUUUCAACCGCAAGAAAUCCAAGAAAUCAAGCGAUUCUUCGGUCGUUUCACCCGCCGGUUCUCCGCCGGAUCCGUUGUCCAGAUCGGGAUCUCAAUCUCUCCGGUUAAAACAUCAGACCGAUGAGUUACAGCACGUUUUCAACAAAUUCGAUGCAAAUGGUGAUGGCAAGAUCUCCUCCGCCGAGCUUGGCUCCAUUAUGGCUAGCCUUGGCCAUAAAGCCACAGACGAAGAGCUACGAAAGAUGAUAAUGGAAUUUGACGCCGAUGGCGAUGGAUUCAUCGAUUUUCAAGAGUUCGUUGAGUUGAAUACGCAAGGAGUGGAUACAAAUGAGGCUAUGGAGAAUUUAAGAGACGCGUUUUCUGUUUAUGAUAUUGAUGGAAAUGGUUCGAUUUCUGCUGAAGAAUUGCAUAGAGUGAUGGGCAGUUUGGGCGAGUCGUGUUCUAUUGCAGAGUGCAGGAGGAUGAUAAGUGGUGUUGAUGGUGACGGUGAUGGUAUGAUUGAUUUUGAAGAGUUUAAGGUCAUGAUGACAGUCGGUUCUAGAUGGGACACCUCCACCGAAGAUCUCAGAUGAAUCAAUUGUUUGGUGGCGGUUGCGGUUGCGGCGGUGCUUCUGCGUUGUGUCUGGUUUCCAAGAUCUGAUAGGUUCCCUUUUAUCACUUAUUUUUCUGUCUUCCUUUUUUUGCUUUGUUUUGAUUAAGAACUUGUGCAUAUAUAUAAUUGAAUAUUGCUGUUGGGUUUCUAACAUUAUCAAAUCCAAAAUUUUCAAUGAAUUUCAUAUUAUUGUUAUCA